AUGUACGAGGUCAGGGGUGACAUCAUCACUGGCUUGGGCGCCAACAAGCGGGCUGCAACGGACUAUCAGUGCGCACAGAAGCUGGGCGCUGAGCUGAAGGACAAGGUCGCACAGGCCGAGGCCAAGACCAAGGAGAAGAAAGCUUCGGGCAAGGUGCCCGUGACGGUGCUCACAGGAUUUUUGGGCAGUGGUAAGACGACGCUACUGAAUCGCAUUCUGAAGGAGUUUCACGGCAAACGCAUUGCUGUCAUCGAGAAUGAGUUUGGUGAGGUGGGCAUCGACGAUAGUCUCAUCGAAGCUGGCCCCUUGACGACGGAGGAGAACAUCAUCGAGAUGAACAACGGCUGUAUCUGCUGUACCGUGCGUGGAGACCUGAUCGCAGGUCUCAAGAAGAUGGUGAAAAACUCCAUCAAGAACAACAAACCCCUGGAUGGAGUGAUCAUUGAGACAACUGGGCUGGCGGACCCUGCGCCUGUCGCCCAGACGUUCUUCGCAGACGACUAUGUCCAGCAAAAAUUGCACCUUGAUGGCAUUGUCACCUUGGUGGAUGCCAAGCACCUCAUCAUGCAUCUGGAUGAGGGUUACCUACUCUGGUGGCAGGAGAAGCCGGAAGGUGUUGAGAACGAAGCGGUGGAGCAGGUGGCCUUUGCUGACCGCAUCGUCCUAAACAAGUGUGACCUUGUGGACGAGGCCCACCUUGAUGAAGUGGAGAAGCGCAUUCGAAUGAUCAAUGACUCGGUGAAGAUUCAACGCACUACCCAGUCCAAGGUGGACAUGGACUUCAUUCUUGGGAUCGAAGCCUUCAAUUUGGACAAGAUCCUGGAGAUGGACGAUGCCUUCUUGGAGGAUGAGCAAGAUCACCAGCAUGAUGAUCGUGUCACCUCUUGUGGCUUUCAUGUCAAGGGCGAGGUGCAUCAGCAGCGGCUCAAUGAGUGGCUUGCGUGGCUAUUGAAAGAGCAACUCGGCUUGCGUGGAGUCGACCUCUUCCGAACCAAGGGAGUGUUGGCAGUGCAGGGGAUGAAGGAGAAAUUCGUCUUCCAGGCCGUUCAUAUGGCCUUCAAUGGUGCGCCGCAGAAGGAAUGGGAGCCGGGUGAAGAGCGCAUCAGCAAGCUCACUUUCAUUGGCAAGAAUCUGAAUCGACAGGCGGGGCAUGUGAGCAACGAAGUGGAUGCUAUAAGGUGUGGAUACUGUAAGAUACCGCUUGCUACUAGUCAACAGGAUGUGUUGGUGUUCGCGACACGUUGGGACCGUUCAGUCUGGUUCAGUCGGGCCUUAGCUGGGAGAAUGGGCCCAGUUUGGGAGGAUCGAUCACAGCACUGCGUAGCUUUCGUCGCGCUAAGUGCUCAGGCGUAA